UUACAAUUAAAACUCCACAAUUCACACUGAUAUUUUAUACUCUCUAAUUCUCAACCCAAAAUGAGCAGCGGCGGCGGCGGCGGCUUUUGCAACUUCUACGAGACGUGGUUGGAGCAGCUGCACCACCUGGUCCGGCAGCUGACGGCGGCGCCCCGGCCCCCAACGACGCCGGACCACCACUACGACCUUGACGUGCUAGUGGGCAAGGUUAUGUCUCACUACGCCGAGUACUACCGGGUCAAGUCGGUGGCGGCGGAGCGCGACACCCUUUCCGUCUUCGCCGCCCCGUGGGCCUCCGCCCUCGAGCGCUCCCUCCACUGGAUCGCUGGCUGGCGCCCCACCACCGUCUUCCACCUCGUGUACUCCGAAUCGUCCAUCCUCUUCGAGUCCCACAUCAUUGACAUCCUCCGCGGCCUCCGCACUGGCGACCUCGGCGACCUCUCCCCCUCCCAGUUCCGCCGUGUCAGCGAACUUCAAUGCGACACGGUGAGAGAAGAGAAUGCAAUAACGGAAGAGUUUUCGGAGUGGCAAGACAGUGCAAGCGAGCUGGUGAAUGCGCGUGCUGAUCUGAAAGAGAAGAUCGGACGGCUGGUGAGCGUUCUGAGAAAAGCUGACGAUCUAAGGCUGAGAACCUUCCAGAGCGUGGUCGACCUCCUGACCCCACAACAGGCGGCGGAGUUCCUCAUCGCCGCCGCCGAGUUGCAGUUUGGGGUACGCGGAUGGGGAGUCAAUCACGACCGUCUCCGUGGGAAUCAUUAACCGUCCUUUUGAUUACCUUUUUUUUUUCCCUCUUUCCAUUAUGAUCAGUUUAUCUUUUUUGUCGAGUCUGAAUAUGGUUCGAUUAGGUUUUUUUGGGUAACUUGACGGCGAUGAUUCGACUUGUAGUUGUGGUGGAUUAUAAUUUGGAAUGCUUGUAUUGGACUCUAGUAGAGUGACGCCUAUGUUAACCUUUUUUUUUUUUUCUUUUU